UGAUGUGACCAGAAGGAUGCUCGACACUCGUCCGUGGAGGCCGUCCUGAUCGAAGCGCCCAUCCGAGCCAGCCAGCCCGCCGACGUGCCCUGUCGAUCGCGUCGCACGGAUAUCGGCCCGGUCCACAGUUGGUUCGCACCGCGAUGGCAGGCUACCGCCUCCCAGCGUCCUCUCCCCUCGACACGCUCGUCCGCAAGACGUCUCAGCGGAGGCCGACGAACGAACCAGCCCGCGCUCAUGCACCCCCGCCGCGUCCGGCCCCACCCCCGGGCUCGCCGCUAAUCCGCUCCCGCUUCGACCAGGCGAGGGACGACGAGAGCGUGUACACUGACGCCAGCUCGUUUCGCGCCAGGCACGCCUACUCGGAGAGCAAGGCGAGCACCUCCUACGCCGGCUCCUCCUACUCUAUCUAUCCGGCGGACGCCGGGCUCGAGCACUAUCCGCCGUUCAAUACCAACGACCCGUCAUCCAACUCUCGCAACCGCGCCGGCCACGCCAGCGAGCCCUCCGUCGACUCGUACAUCGACAUGAACUCGCCUGUGGACGACGACCAGCCGCUGGCGGACGCCCAGGAGGCCGUCCUCGCCGGCCUCACCGACACCUACCGCGACGACCGGCCAGGCUCGCACCAGAACUACGACUCUGCCCUCCGCGACUCCUGGCCGGAUGCGAAGCGCGCGAGUGAGGGCGUGCAGAGGGCUGCCGGUGGGCGAGGACGUGGUCCGCCGUCUUAUGCUCACGACACCGUCCGCGCCGACGCCAAGCGCCCCACCCCCGGCCGCCAAGACAACCCGCACGCGAGCAACGCGUUCAAGAGCGUCUACUCCAACGUGGAUAGUGUCUAUUCGCAGGAUGAUGAUCGCAACUCGUAUGGUGGUCCUAGGUACCCUGCCUCUGGACGCUACACCCGCAACCUCGACAGCAUCUACUCCCAGGACGACGACGAUCAGGCGUACUAUGCCGAUGCGUCUGGUGCGGCGUACACGGACACAUCUGGUGCUGCAUACGCGGACGCAUCGUACACCGCCAACGAGGACGUACCGACCGUCGUUGUAUCCUCGCCCAUCACAUCCAGCUCUGCUUCCUCCCGCCAAGCAAGCCGCCAGCCCAUCCAGCAGCACAUCCGCAACUUCAGCCGCCCGAUGCCGCAGUCGGACGCACCCCCGCCUGGUUCCUCUGCCUCUCAACAGGGUCACGCACCCUCUCAGCAGGGCCGCACACCCUCCCACUCGCAGAACAACCACAUCACCGGUGGAUUCGACCCGCACGCUUCGACCAUCUCCUACGCCGACUCGUCGUACACGCAGGACGACUCGUUCGCGCAUGAUCCCGCCACCAAUCUAUCCUCCUCUUACGCAUCCCAGGACGGUUUAAAUCCCCACCUGACCCAUCUCUUCGCGCAGACGGCCCCUCCCCUCGCCCUGUGAUGAUGCGGAGUGACAGCAAGAAUCGAAUUGUGUUUAGCGCCCACCCCUCCUUUGCCGGGCCCCCCGCGCACGGUCUCCCCGUCAAGGGGCCCGUGCGCGGGGGGCGUGGGGGUGCUAUCUACGGUAUUCUACGCGUGCGCUCUAGCAUGAUCCCGACGUGACCCCUCCCACCAGCAUGGUCCCUCCUACCAGCAUCCCUCCUACCAGCAUGACCUCCCCUCCCCGACGUGACCCCGCCUACCAGCAUGACCUCCCCCUCCAGCAGUGAUGAGCAGCAUGACCCCAUCGUGAGGGCAGCGAGACGGGAGGAGGGAAGGAACACGGUAAGCCUCUACCCACCUCCCCUCGUCUUAUAUACCCCCCGUCCUGCUGAAGCGAGCCGAGUA